UAAACUGAGGUAAAAUGUGAUACUUGGAUUUGAAACUGAGGCAAGCAAGAUGUUCUGGGGUCAAAAUAAGGCAUUCUGGAUGCAGGGACUGCUAAUCCAGAAAAUCCUAAGGUGGAAGGAGUGGUUGAUUUGUUUUCAAAAUAAUGUGUGUGCAAACUGUAUAAGAGAAUUCAUCUUGCUUGCCUUAUUUUGUAUGCAAACUGUAUAAGAGCAAACUGUAUAAGAGGAUUGAAAAUAAUGUGUGUGCAAACUGUAUAAGAGGAGACAUCUCUAUGUUUUUUCCAUUCUGUCAAUGUCUCCUUUGUACUCCGUAGAAUUUUUCAAUCUGGCCUUUUCUGGUACUUGUAAGAUUUUUUAGGCUUUGUAAGAGUCUCUGUUGUAGAUAUAUAAGAAAAAAAAACCACAUUGGUAUUUGGUAUAUGACAUAUUUUUACAAAAACCAAGAGAAGCUUUCUGACCAUGGAGAUGAGAAUUCAACCAGGAUCCUACUGAUGGCUAAGCUGAAGCGGUUGAUUGAGGUAAAUCCACUCAUUGGUGAUAAGCUUCAGUUUCCUACCUUGCAGAUGUCAAGACUAGAAACACUAGUUAAACAGAGGACUCUACUGAUGGCUAAGCUGAAGCGGUUGAUUGAGGCAAAUCCACUCAUUGGUGAUAAGCUUCAGUUUCCUACCUUGCAGAUGUCAAGACUAGAAACACUAGUUAAACAGAGAUUCAGCAAUGCAAUACUAAAGGAUCUAAUCAUAAACUGCCCAAGAAUCUUCUAUAUGAGGACCCUUACCGUGGUCAAGCAACUGACACCAUCUCUUUUAGCUUAUGGAGGGUGAUCGUAAAAUGAUGUUGGAUAUUCUUAAAAGGGAACUCGAAGUGUUUACUCUUUCCCAAGCAGAUCUUUACAGGGGACU